AUGCUCAGUCCGUCCGUGGUGUUGCUACCGAUUGUCUACUGGCCUCAGCUCGCGUUAGUACUAAUGCCGCGGAACGUCAAACAGCUGGAAGUGCUGUGGCAGCCGCUGCUGAACCUCAGCCUGGCGAGCUUUUACCUGGAGGUGGAGCUCUGCGUCCUCGUGGGCAUGAUGGGGAGCUGGACCGUGCUGGCGAUCGUUGCGGUGAUCAGGUUCUGGUCCCUGCCCGUCCUCGGUCUGAUGUUCGUGCUGGAGUUGAUGCUGUCGCUGGUGUGGAGGCUGCCGUACAGGACUCAGGUGUGA